AUGGAACACAUUGCCUUUUUGACUGAGACAGAAACCAUGGACGUCCCAGACGCCAGAAAUUGUGCAAGAAGAAAAGACUCUACGAACCAUAUUCUUGAUGACGAAUGUAGGAAAGGUCGCGACCUCCCGAGCAAGGGCUUGGGCGACGCUGCUCGAAGGACGUUCCUCUGGCAGACGGGCCCUGGCCAGCGGACGCCCUUCCUGCUCGGGCCGUGGCGGGAUGCCAAAUCUGGACGCUCUGUCAAGCUCAUUCAGUCUCUUCUGCUCACCUUCGCAAAGAUGAACAAAGCCUUGACCUUCUUGGCUGCAGUGGCCGCAGUUUCUGCUUCUCCUCAACAAUUUUUAAAAGAUGUAACAUGUGAGGGAGCUGAUAAUGUGACCUCGUGUGAGGCUGAUCUGCAAGUCUGCAAGAACCUCUUCGCAACUGAACAUGAUGAACAAACAAGGAGAGAAAUAUACAGGAAAUGUCUCGAUGUAAAUGGCUUCAGCCAUCUCGAUGACGUGGACCCUGAGCUCCUCUUCAGCCCCACAGACGCACAGGCUCUGGCGCUCUUUGGUUCCGAGGAGAACCACCUGGCAGUGAAGCAGUGCGUCCUGCAGGAGCGUGGAGAGGUGAGGCCUGACGGAACAGUCGACCCUCAGCCCUUCCUGGACAGGCUGACUCCCGCCCUUAACGACACUCGUCCUGACCUCCUCGACCGCCUCGUUUCUGGCGCAGAGUCCUGCUCGCCUCAAAGCAUUGAGGAGUGGGAGGUCUGCAUCUUCUACGAAUGCUUCCUGGGGGAUUUCACAACACCUGUGCCUACAACUGUUGUUCCUGAGGAGUAAUGGUGUGAAAUCAUUCCUUUCUCCCGUGGAAAUCUAUGUUAAACCAGUGUAAAAUAAAAUUAUAAUGAUUGUAAAAGAUUUGGAAUUAUUAUUAUUCAUAUUUA